CUUGGAAACCAAGAAGAAGAGCAAGUAAGCAUUCAUCCCAAUCCAGAGAUGGAUGUGCAAAGUUCUGAACAAGCGCAUAUUAUUGAAAUACAUGGAGAGGUGCCAGCUGCAGAUACAAGCCUGGGUGGGAGUAUGGUUUGUGCAGGAGCACCAUGUGGCUUUUCAGAUGCUAAAGCAAGCUCUAGUGAUGCAAAGGAACGCUCAGCAUCAAUCCGGAAACUUUUAAUUGCAGUUGCUCUCUGCGUUAUCUUUAUGAGUGUGGAAGUUGCUGGAGGCAUUAAAGCCAACAGUCUAGCAAUUUUAACUGAUGCAGCUCACCUAUUAUCAGAUGUUGCAGCAUUUGCGAUUUCCUUAUUCUCACUCUGGGCAUCAGGAUGGGAGGCAAACCCACGUCAGUCAUAUGGUUUCUUCAGGAUUGAGAUUCUUGGUGCUCUUGUUUCUAUUCAGUUGAUUUGGCUUCUUGCUGGGAUCCUUGUUUAUGAAGCCAUUGCAAGGCUUAUCCACAAUACAGGUGAAGUUCAAGGCUUUCUUAUGUUUGUUGUUUCUGCUUUUGGUUUAGUAGUCAAUAUUGCCAUGGCUCUCUUGCUGGGCCAUGAUCAUGGUCAUGGGCAUGGGCAUGGGCAUGACCAUGGCCACGGACAUAGUGGAAAUGGCCAUGACCACCAUGAUCAUGGUCAUAGCCAUGACAAUGAAACACAUAUUCAUGGAUUAACUAUAACUGAGCAUCAUCGCCACCACCAUCAUGACGGGGAGAAGCAUGAUCAUAGUCAUGAAGCAGACCCUACUCAGCCUCUGCUUAGAACAUGCUCUGAGAGUGAAAAUAAAUCAAAAGGUGGAGGGAAUCAGAAGAAACAGCGGAACAUCAAUGUACAAGGAGCAUAUCUUCAUGUUCUUGGGGAUUCCAUUCAGAGUAUUGGAGUGAUGAUUGGUGGGGCAAUUAUCUGGUAUAAGCCUGAGUGGAAAAUUGUGGAUCUAAUAUGUACCCUCCUUUUCUCUGUGAUUGUGCUGGGAACAACAAUCAGGAUGCUGCGGAACAUUUUGGAGGUUCUAAUGGAGAGCACACCUCGAGAGAUUGAUGCUACAAGGCUCGAGAAGGGUCUCUGUGAGAUGGAUGAGGUUGUUGCUGUUCAUGAACUGCACAUUUGGGCUAUAACUGUUGGUAAGGUUCUAUUAGCAUGUCAUGUGCUGAUUAAGCGUGAUGCUGACGCUGAUAUGGUACUGAACAAGGUUGUAGAGUAUAUCAGGCGAGAAUACAACAUCAGUCAUGUCACUAUUCAGAUAGAGCGCCAAUAGAUCCAGAGAUAAACUAGGCUCCAUAAUUUUUCUGUUGAUUUUGCUUAGGAUGUGACAGUUUAUGCCUUUUCAUUUUUUAGCAGUGACGAACUAGAUUAUUACUGAGCAUGUAGUUGGGUUUAUAUAAAUCUUAUUAGUUUCUCAAUCCCAUUCAACCUUUUCUGCUUGUUUCUUUUAAUCUGCAAUUUGAAAACUCUC